AUGUCCACUAGCGCCCAAGUUCCCGGAGGCCCCGCUGCCCAGAUGAAGCGACGAAACAACGCUCAGCGACAGGAGGCCAAGGCCUCGCAGCGACCCACCUCCACACGAUCUGUCGGUGCUGGCGGAUCGUCCUCCACCAUGCUCAAGCUCUACACUGACGAGUCCCAGGGUCUCAAGGUCGACCCCGUAGUGGUCAUGGUGCUCUCUCUGGGUUUCAUCUUCUCCGUUGUUGCUCUCCACAUUCUCGCCAAGGUGUCCACCAAGCUGCUUGGAUAA